UGGCUGCGUCCCACUUCCCCUCACCGCUGGAAAACGCCACAUCUCUGACAGGGAGACACAGGCACAACCAAGUUGAGAGUGACCACCAACCUCAAGAUGCUGGCGCUCAUCAACCGGCUCCUGGACUGGUUCAAGUCUCUGUUCUGGAAAGAGGAGAUGGAGCUGACGCUAGUCGGCCUCCAGUACUCAGGAAAAACAACAUUUGUUAACGUGAUCGCUUCCGGGCAGUUCAGUGAAGACAUGAUCCCUACAGUCGGGUUCAAUAUGAGGAAGGUCACUAAAGGAAAUGUCACCAUCAAGAUCUGGGAUAUAGGAGGGCAGCCAAGGUUCAGGAGCAUGUGGGAGCGGUACUGUCGGGGAGUUAAUGCAAUUGUAUACAUGGUUGAUGCAGCGGAUCGAGAAAAAGUGGAGGCAUCGAGAAAUGAGCUUCAUAAUUUAUUAGACAAACCUCAGUUGCAAGGAAUUCCUGUUUUGGUGCUUGGUAACAAAAGAGAUCUCCCCAGUGCUCUAGAUGAAAAGCAGCUCAUUGAGAAAAUGAACCUGGCAGCUAUUCAAGACAGAGAGAUAUGCUGCUACUCUAUUUCUUGCAAAGAGAAAGACAACAUUGAUAUCACACUUCAGUGGCUCAUCCAGCACUCAAAGUCACGGAGAAGCUGAAAAUGCAGGAAUCGUCUCACGCCUGUGUCUGCCAUGUUACUGUCAUGCCACACCCUCAUCGCCCUCUGAUGAUGUACAGUUGUCUCUCCGACUCACAUGCUGCACCGUUUGGCUCAUCUCACCCUGUUUUUUUUUUUUUUUUUUUUUAAUUCAACUUUGUGUUUCUUUCACAAACCCCUGAGAAUGCACUACUAAAAGGUUUAAAUACCGAAACCAAACGUAAGGAAUCGUGUAAUUGGCAUCACGCCCCCUUGGAAAGCUCCUCUUGAGCUUGAAUUAAGAACCAAAUUUCCUGAUCUGCUUACCCAGUUGAUCCCAUCCAGUGGUUUUAUAACACUAGUCUUGGGUAUACAAAAAAUCCCUCAGGAAGGAUGGCUUUGUCUGUCAAACAGGCCUCUGAAAUCAUGAGAAACGGUCCUCACACAGUCAAAUACAACACCAGGUAAAGGUUUAUGUGGACAUGCAGACUUCCCCCCAAAUCUCUGUCAUGCUCAGCUGCUGAAAUAGCGACUUCGGUUAAAAGUCAUCCUUUGCCAAAUGAAAUGGUUUCUUUCAAGGACAAUUUCUGUUAUUUUAGCAAAGAGUGCAUUAACAUUAAAGCAAGUAGAGCUAAGCAGGUAUGUACAAAUAUCGAGCUGGUAUGAUUUUUACCAAUGUGAGAUGUGAGUGUAUGAUUCUAUUUAAAGUUUGAAUGUACAAAAAAAAAAAAAGGUACAGCUGUAGCGGGGCUGUGUGGUCUGUAUUGGCCUGUUGUUUGUAAUUCGUCUCAGUGGAACCAUGUCCUUUGUGCUGCCUCCAAGCCGAGAGCGUGGCAGAAUUUAAAGUGCCUUGUGCAAUAUCUCUCACCUCUGACGCAAAGCAGCAUGCAAGGUGUGCCUACCUGAGCAGAGUCAGAAAAACACCACUCGGAGCAUUAUUCAAGAAAUAAAAAAGGCAUGCUUUUUAAGUUA